GGACCGGACAAACUCGAACCGUCGUGGCUCGCGUGCGUCACGUGGUCGCGUAACGCGUCUGUCACCCGCUGCUCCUGAGCAUGGGCGCCUACGCGCUCCCAGGCAGUGAUGGCCUCAUACUGAUGCGAUCCUCGUCGCUCUCUUGUCAUCCGACUGACGCCGUGUAGCUCGCUCGGCCACGGCGGGUGGUGUCUCGACACUCGAUAGCUGCCCGAAGAAUGUCUUGGCUGGAAUAGCCCGCUUCCCUGCAGACCGUGUGGUCUAUGCCGCGCACGGUGGGCCAGUCAGUUGUUCCCUUAUCGCGAUGAGCAUCACCUCCCCCAGGUGUCUGCAUCCCUUCUACAAGCUUCUACAUCUCCGACUGCUAACUUGCCUGGGCCCAUCAGUCAGCGCCUCGAGCCCUCGGGCUUAUAAACCGAGACAUGGAUGCACAGACCCUGGUCUCCCCAGAACAGAUCGCCCGCAUCUCCCCCUUGACACAGAAGAUAUGCCUAACAUUGUUGAACUGGUCAUCGUCGACCUCAAGGAGGGCGUCGGCAAGGAUGACCCCGUCUUCACGAAGCUGCGCGAGGGCGUGGCCAAAGGCGGGCUCAAGCGUCAGUCGUUCGGCUUCAGUGUCGAGCAUCCCCAGAGGCUCUACUGGACCUUCUACUUUGAGAAUGGUUUCGAGCCGAAGGACUUCAAGUGGCCCCAGGAGGAGUACGGUGACUACAUUGAACAGCUCAAGACGAUCGCCACCUCCGACUUCACGCGCUACUACUUCACCUUCCCGUCUUUCCCACAUGAGGUCACGGCCGCACCCAUCACCGAGACUGCACUCAUCACUCUCAAGGCUGAUGCCGAUGUAGCCGCGUUCAAGGCUAUCCAGGACGCCCUUGUGGGCAAGCUCAAGCAGGCGCCUGUAGUACAGGAGGCGGCGUACGCUAUCACUACGGAGGCCGGGGCGAACCCUAUCGUGCUGCUCUUUGUGGGCUGGCCUUCUGCCGAGGCGCAUCAGGAACUGGUCUCCCGCCCCGAGAGCAAGGAGGUCAUGGGAAAGUUGCACUCUUUCAUCGAGAAGGGAGAUGUCGCCCACAUUCCGUACACCAACAAGGAGUACUAGGGGAUUAAGUUGCCCGGACUUAAUGCUCAGCACAGGGUGGGGUAUACACCGCUCGAGGUGGGCAGGCCCUUAGCCUUCGCGGUACGAGAGACUGGGGAACAGGAUGCGAAGGGAUGCAUCAGCUGAAGUUUCAAAGUUGUAAUUCUACUAUGGACAUGUGGCAUAAUCCAUCACAUGGCAAAUGCGCGCGUCAUUGACCUCAAACCUA